AGUUUAAGUGUGUUGUGCAGUGAGCACUCAUCAAAGGUCUUUGAAAACAAUUCCAUACUUCAUAGACGUCCCACCGUUGGUAAAUAUAAAUAAAAUAAAGUUGAUUUUUUUUUAAAAUAUUUUAAAUCUUUACGUUUCAUGCACCUUUCCUCAAAGACAAUUUCCAAAUGCUUCGAGCAGUACUUCAUAUGUGUAUUAUUACUACUUAAUUACUGAUACUUAAAUAAGCUGCUCGUUGACGGUGCACUGUCUCUUUAAGAGACCCGGAAACGAAUCAGUCCAGCAUUGACAGGUCUAAACACAGUGCUGAGCUGCCCCCGUGAUGAUAUCCAACCCUGUAUUCUGGGCCUUUCGCAGCAGUGCGAAGUGCUGGCGACACCGGACACGGGUUCUUCACGCGUUUCUGGGACCCACGGAACUCAGUGGCUGUCGCUGGUUCUCUUCACCGACUCGCGUUGGCUUCACGGGCAUGGAGGAGAUCCUGACCAGGGUCGUUGCACCUUUACCAACGUAUGAGACGAGAGAGAAAUCGCCACCUCCUCCCGAAUCGAACAGCUUAGACUUCAUGCACUUCUACAAAAGUUUGGAGAAAGAAGACAAACAUCGCUUUUUGUCCAAGCUAUCCCAGGACUUUGGGGUUGACCACAAAGGCGCUUCGGAGUUAGCUGUGAAGCUCCUGGACACUCAGCUGCGUGACCUGGCCACGAUUUUACAGGUUGAAGACAGGCUCCGGUACAGCCUGACCCCCCGGUAUAAACAGCUGCUCAAUCAUAUAAGCAGGGUCGAAGGUGGAGUGAAGUUCCUGGUGGACCUCCGCGCCGAUGUACUGGAAAUAAUCGCGUCUAAAUCCAACGAGACUCCUCACAUAAAGGACCUGAAUGGAACGCUGAAGAGCCUGCUGUCUGAGUGGUUUUCUGUCGGCCUCCUCAGACUGGAGAGGAUCACCUGGCACUCUUCCUGUGAGAUCCUGCAAAAGAUCAGCCAGUACGAGGCAGUUCAUCCAAUAAGAAACUGGACUGACCUUAAGCGCAGAGUUGGGCCGUAUCGCCGAUGUUAUGCCUUCACCCACGCCGCCAUGCCCGGAGAACCUCUGGUGGUUCUACACGUGGCCCUCACUGAAGACAUUUCUGACAACAUACAGAGCAUCGUCCGUGAGUUCGCUACACUUGACGUGGAGGAGGAUGUCAACAAGGUGAACGCGGCCGUCUUCUACUCCAUCUCCUCCACCCAGGCUGGACUCCAGGGGGUGGAGCUGGGCAACUACCUCAUCAAGAGGGUCGUGCGAGAGCUUCAGAGCGAGUUUCCUCACAUGGCCCGGUUCUCCAGUCUGUCACCGAUUCCAGGCUUCUCCUCUUGGCUCCAGGCUCUCCUCAGCCAGUGCAGAAAGGAAGGGCGGGGCUCCGACCUCCUCUCUGAGCAGGAGUGGAAGGAGGUGGAGAAGGCCACAGACUCCACGUCGGCGACCCAGACCUUGGACGCCCUCCGUAGGCUGAUCACCAGCAGCGAAUGGCUGCGCUCCGAGAAACUGUCCAGCGUCCUGGAGCCCCUCCUGAUGCGUCUCUGCGCCUGGUACCUCUACGGAGAGAAGAGACGAGGCUACGCUCUCAACCCAGUGGCCAACUUCCACCUGCAAAACGGCGCCUCCAUGUGGCGACUGAACUGGCUGGCCGACACCAGCCCCCGGGGUAUCGCCAACUCCUGUGGCCUGAUGGUGAACUAUCGUUACUUCCUGAACGACACGUCCAAGAACAGCUCUCUGUACCUGCAGAAUAAGGUCGUAGUGGCGUCGGAGCAGAUUCUGGGGCUGGUGUCUCAGUUCCAGAAGACGAGCAAACUGUAAAUAAUGAAACUCGACGAGGAGACACCCGGCAAAUCACGCAGCAACCUCAGACUCUAAUGUCAGCAACGACUGAGUUAAAUUCAUCUCCUCUGGUAAAACUGGCUGAAUGGACGUGAAGUGAUCUCAUCUUUGAGACAAAGUCAAAAGCUCUUUGUGCCUCAGUGUGUUUGAUAUCAUGUACAUGUUGCCAAGGAGUGCAGCUACUGCAAAUAUUGAGGUUUAAUUUGAGGUUUAGUUUUGUUUUUAGAAGAGAUUUCACUGCAAAGUUGGUCUUGGAAAAAAAUAGAAAAAUAUUAAAAAUUUUGAUGUUUUUUUUUUCCUUCUCUCUCUAGGUUAAAUUUGUUGAUAUCUGCUGUUUCACUGCUGACUUGGCCUGAAAUCUUUACAUUUCUUUAUUUACUUUGACUGUGUAUCAUAACUGCGUGUAUUUAAGGUUUGAGUAAAAAGUAAUUUUCCUAAAAAAUAAAAAAAUGAACCAGUAACAACAUAAACUGUAAAAUAAAGUCUCGGUUUUGGUGUGUUGCAGAA